GUCAGGCCUUCAAACAUGCGAAGGAGGGCCAAUACAAAUCAUAGAAGCCUUAAAUAUCCUUAUGUUAAUCGCAAACGAAGUAGUGAGUGCACGCACUUUGACACUAUAUGACAUAAAUAUAUUAUCUCACAUAACUUUAUAUGAAGUUUUAUAGUUUAGUGAUGUCCUAGACCUAUAUUUUGUCGAUAAAUACAUCGAUGUUAACCGGCAAUCUUCAGAUAAUUGUGUGAUUUUGACAAAAUGUGUCGUGUUGUUUUCGUGUUUUUUAUUUUUUGUUUCAGUUAUGGAUUGUGUUUUAUUAAUUUAGCGGACAUAGAAUGCGGUAAGAACGUCGCCCGUAGCGCUCGCAUCGUCGGCGGCGAAGACAGCUUACCCGCCGAGUUUCCCUGGGCUGCUAGUGUAUGGAGGCAGGGGGCGCAUCAGUGUGGGGCUACCGUGUUGAGCGAUAGGUGGCUACUUACUGCGGGACAUUGUGUUUGCAGUGUGUUCGAUGAAUUCUACAAAUCUAAGCAGCUGACCGUAGUUGCCGGGUACACAGACAUAUCAGCUAGAGAUGAGAAUGAAGCCAUAUCGAGGAUCAUUCCCCAUCCCGAUUACAAAUGCAAUAGAAAAUCAAAUGACGUAGCCUUACUGAAGACGGCUCGGCAACUGCGCUGGUCUACUGGUCUACAACCAGCUUGUCUGCCAAACUCACCAGCUCAGGACUUCAGCGGUACUUCAGCUACGGUCGCUGGAUGGGGAUUCACGAAUGAAGAUAGGGAAAAAGGAGCAAGACCCAACGUCUUACAGAAGACAGAAGUGACAGUGGUAACUAAUGACGAGUGCAAUAGCUGGUACAAGUCCCAGGGGAGCAAAGUGAAGGUGAUUUCCACUCAAAUGUGUGCAGGCCAUGAAAUAGGUGGACGUGACUCUUGCUGGGCUGACAGCGGUGGUCCUCUCAUGAUCAAGGAUGAGAAGCGUCAUGUAAUGGUCGUUGGAGUGGUUUCAACAGGCAGCGGCUGUGCCAGACCAAAGAUGCCUGGAGUCUACACCAGAAUAUCAAGAUAUACUGACUGGAUCGUCCAAAGUAUUAAUGGUGAUAAAGCUAGAAGUGGAUUGAAUUGGUAUCCAAAUUUUGCCAGCUUUUUUGGAUGAAGA